CACCGCGUGCAAUUUCCCGCGUUAAGAAACUGAUCUUAAUAAUAGAAAAUAAUAAAAUGGCAGAAACCAGUUUGUUUAUGGAAAAUCUUGAUGAAUUCAUUAAUGAUGAAAAUAAAAUAGUAACCUACAAAUGGCUUAGUAAUACUCUUCAAAUUCAUGUCAACUUGGCUAAAAGGUUAUUGUUUAUGUUUAUUCAACAAGAAAGAAAUAAAAAAGAUAAAGAUGAUUUAACAGUGACAUAUUUUGUGGCAGGUUUAUCAAUUGAUACUAAUGGUGUUAAGAAACAUUUGUGUAGUGUUGUAUCUGAAACAGAUUUGAAUGUGGUACGAUCUAAGUUAUCUCCUGUUACUAGUUGUCAUAUAUACAGUGUACAUAAAGUUAAACUUAAGGACACAAAUGCCUUGUAUGCUACUGACUUUGAAAAAACCAAGGAAAAUAUUUUCAGUGCUACCAGUUAUAGUGCUAUAAAAUGUGAGAAGGCUCAACAAAGAAGAAAAGAAGACCAUGUAAAAGAAAGUCAGAUAUCAGCCAGUCAAGCUCCAUCUUCUGUGAUACCUGUAAAAAAAGAUGCAGCACCCAUUUCAUCAAGAACUACAACAAAUAAAAAAAAGACCCAAGGCAAAGGGAACAUAGCAUCCAUGUUUUCUCAACAAGAUAAACCAGUAAAGAAAGAAGGUGAAGUUAAAAAAGACAAACCAUCAGAAAGUAAAAUCCAGAUUAAACCAGAACCUAAGAAAGGUGGUAUGAACUCCUUCUUUAAAACAACUGAUAAAACUAGUUCUAAAGUAGAAGAAUCUAAAGUUGUAGUGAAAGAAAAAUCACCAGUAAAAAAUGUUAAAUCACCGGUAAAAAAUGUUAAUCCUGCUAAAAGCAGGAAAGGUAAACUAUCAGAUUCAGAAGAUAACAGAACAAAUAAAUCCAAGAGAAGAAGAAUAAAAGCUGAUUUGUUUGAUAGUAGCUCUGACGAAGAAAUGGAGGUUUUAUCUGAUGAGGAAGAGGAACCAAUAACAUGUAUUGAAAUAGAGCCUGAAAAACCUGCCUCUCCAAAAUCACCAUCUCCUAAAAAACAAAAACCAUCACCAGUAUCAAAUACAGAAAAAACAGGAUCAGCUGAAAAAAAGGAUAAUACCAGAUCUACUGAAAGAAAGGAUAACACAAGAUCAACAACAGAAAGAAAGGACAAUACAGGAUCAACUGAAAGAAAGAGAAAACGUGUAAAGAAACUAGUAGCUAAAACAUAUAAAGAUGAAGAUGGCUUUAUGAUAACAGAAAAAGUAUAUGAAACAGAUUCUACAGAUGCUUCUGAUCAGGAAACCCCACAACCACCACCCUGUAAAAAGAAUGGUACUGAUAACCUAAACAAUAAUAAUAAACAGGCUCAGAAAAAGAAGACUCCACCAAAGAAGGCGUCUCCAGCAAAGGGAAAACAAACAUCAAUGACAUCAUUCUUUAAAAAGAAAUAAUUGUUUAUUACUAAAACAGUUGUUUUGUUUUGUUUCGUUUCUUGCGUCGGAUUCUUAAUAGGAUGUCAUAGACCCACAGCUAUAGUUGGGGGACCCAAAAUUUUCGAGAUAAGCUUUUUUUGUCCACGGCUUUAUAUAGAAUUCAUUUUUUGCGACUGAAUCACUGUCAGCCUUGCGGAUUUUGAGUGAUUAGCUAAUUGAUAAUUAAAUAAUUAAUUAAAAUCUCAUUUGUUUUAAAUGGCACAAAUAUGUUGAAAUACACCACUGUAAUAAUGUACUUAAAUAAAAUAGGACCCCCUGAGCCCUGUCAAUCUAUUUUGAAUAA